UUUGCCGAUACCAGUUAAACAAAAAAUAAAUCGUUCGGUUGCGGUGACUUCUUCCGACUUAAUUUGUGUGCAUAUUAUUAAUUAUUUCGUUAUUUAUCGUUUUCAAUUGAUUUGUUUUCUUGUAGUGGCUAGCGCAAAGAAAUGACAGCAAACAUUUGACAAAGCGAAAAGAAUGGAAUCCGGGAAAAGGAAAUUGCGUGAGAACCCUCGUGAAUCUGCAAGUUUUAUAUCACAAAUAUUUUUUAUAUGGGCAAUACCUAUCUUCAAGACAACAUACGACAAAGUCUUAGACGCAAACGAUGCCAAUGAACCGCUUCAAAGAGAUCGAUCCAGCGUACUUGGUGACAGAAUUGAAAAGACGUGGCUGGAGGAAUGCAAGAAAAAAUCGAAACCAUCUUUAGUACGAGCAGUAGUAAAAGCAUUUUGGUUUGAACUGAUUAUUAUGGGAAUAUUGAGUUUCCUCAAUGAUGUCGUCAUACGAUUAAUUAUUCCAUUUUUAUUGGAAAAACUUUUAUCAUAUUUUCGGAAAGCCUCCGAAAUGAAACGAGAAGAUGCUCUCAUAUAUGGUACAGCGAUAUUCGUUAUAACCAUUUUUGCCGGAAUUUCAUUACUUCAUUAUUUCUUUUUGGGAUAUUGCUAUGGAAUGAGAGUUAGAGUUAGUAUGUGCAGCCUCAUUUACCGCAAGUCUCUUCGGUUAUCACAACGUGCCUUAAACGAUACCGCACCAGGGAAAUUAGUCAAUUUAUUAUCGAAUGAUGUAAAUCGCUUUGAUAUUGUAUCUGUUGUCAUCCAUAAUUUAUGGACGUCACCGAUAAUGACAAUCGCAGCUGCAUAUAUUUUAUGGAAUGAAAUUCGAUGGGCUGCUUUCAUAGGAUUGGCCAUUGUUUUCCUUAUUGUGCCUAUUCAAAGCUAUGCUGGAAAAUUGUCUGCCGCAAUUCGUUUCAAAACUGCAUUACGAACGGAUGAACGUGUUCGAUUCAUGGAUGAAAUUGUGUCUGGCGUUCAAGUUAUUAAGAUGUAUUGUUGGCAACAGCCAUUUGCGCAAUUGAUUGCAACGGCAAGACAACUGGAAUUGAAAAUGGUGCUAAAAAAUGCAUACGUCCGUGCAUUAUACAUGACAUUCAAUUUGUUCACCACACGUAUGGCACUCUUCUGUACAGUUUUAUCCGUUAUUUUAUUGUAUGGUCGUGAACAUAUUUUGGUGUCAAAAAUAUUUAUGAUUUCUUAUUUGUUUAUGGCGGUGUCGCAUGCCAUGUGUCAAACCUUUGUUCGUGGUUUGGCUGAGUUCGGCGAGGUACUCGUCUCAUUUAAACGUUUGCAAAUGUUUCUAGAAUACGAAGAGACUGGCCAACAAAUCGAAAAAAUCGAUUCAGAUCACAUCGACAAAGAUCAAUUGGAAUCACGAAAUAUUGCAAUUUUAAUGAAAAAUAUUUCUGCCAGAUGGGCCGACAUUAGCAAUGACAAAAAAUGUGUAAAAAUCAAAAAGAAAAUUGGGUCAUACAAAAAUGGCACGCAAACAAACUCAACCGAUCACAAAUCAUUUGCACUGCAAGACAUCGAAGUGGAAAUACCGAAAGGAAAAUUGGUGUUUGUCGUUGGUUCGGUUGGAUGUGGUAAAUCGACAUUUAUGCAAGUUUUGCUAAAAGAACUACCACUGACCCAAGGCUCAUUGGGAAUCAAUGGUACGGUGUCAUAUGCAAGCCAAGAGAGUUGGAUCUUUACCUCGUCGAUUAGACAGAAUAUCACAUUUGGCCAAUCAAUGGAUCGAAUGCGAUACAAUGAAAUUGUUCAAAGCACAGCAUUGGCAAAGGAUUUUAGUCAGCUUAGUGAUGGCGAUAUGACUUUGGUUGGUGAAAAUGGAGCCGGCCUUUCUGGGGGUCAAAAAGUUAGAAUCAAUUUGGCUCGAGCAAUGUAUAGAAAAGCCGAUAUAUAUUUAAUCGAUGACCCACUGAGUGCUGUCGACAAUCAUGUGCAAUUACAUCUGUUCAACAAAUGUCUUGGUCGAAAUGGGUACUUGGCAAGACAACACGCUACACGUAUUCUAAUCACGCACUCUGUACAUUUUCUGAAGGAAGCCGAUUGGAUUAUUGUUUUGAAAAAUGGUAAAAUUGAAAUGCAGGGAAACUAUGACGAUAUCUUAAAAAGUGGAAUUGAUUUUACCAGCAUAUUGAAUAAGACUGAAGAGAACGGAGACGAUAAAUCUAUUGAGAAUGAUGAUAUAGCGAAUAUUCCCCGACAAAACUCAACGGUAACAUUAGAGAAUAGCUUAGCAGCCAAAACGUGUCUAAAUAAUGAAAAAACGCCAGAAGAGCAUCGAAAUCAAGCCGACGAGGAGAAAGAAUUGCUAAAUGCACUAGAAGCUUCAUCGAAAGGAAAAGUCAAAGGAUCAUUGGCUAUAAACUAUCUAAAGUCAGCAAAAAAACCAUUUACUUUAGUUUUUCUAGUCAUUUCAUUCCUGCUCUCUCAAAUUUUGGCCAGUGUUGCUGAUAUAUGGGUAUCUUAUUGGAUACGACAAGAAGAAAACCGAACAUUUGAAUCGAAGCAAAUGAAACUCAUAAACGAGUCCGUGAAUUCAUCAAAUCCAUCAAUACUGAAUGAAUCGUCAUCGAAUGACUGGUCAACCGAGACGUAUACAUAUAUCUAUGCGGGAAUAAUGGCAUCGUUGCUUAUAAUCGCUUUAACCAGAUCUGUGACGUUCUUUCGAUUUUGUGCGGUUGCAUCUCAAAAGCUGCACGAUUCAAUGUUCAGUGGUUUAAUCCACACAUCGAUGAGAUUCUUUAAUUGCAACACAUCUGGCAGAAUAAUGAAUCGAUUGUCCAAAGAUAUGGGCAGCACCGAUGAAGCAUUGCCAAAAUCAUUUCUGGACGCCACGCAAAUCAAUUUAUCAAUGGUUGGUGCCAUUUUAGUCACCGUUUAUACAAACGUUAAAUUUUCAAUAGUGAUACUGAUAAUGGCCGUUCUUUUCAUCAUCGCACGUAACAUUUAUUUAAAAAGUUCAACGAAUAUUAAGCGAUUUGAAGGAAUAACAAAGUCUCCGGUAUUUAGUCAUAUUUCGGCGACAAUGGGCGGCCUAUCAACGAUAAGAGCGUUUCAAGCACAGAAUUUACUGCGUGAAGAAUAUGAAAAUCAUCAAGAUUUGAACACUGGCACGUGGUAUAUGUAUAUCGGAACGUCAUCGGGAUUUGGAAUGUCACUUGAUUUGAUGGUGUACCUAUUCGUUGGCUGUGUUAUUUACUAUUUUAUUUUAAUCAAUAACAGUGUAACUGGAGAUCGCGUGGGCUUAGCUAUAACACAGGCGCUUUCAUUAACUGGACUAUUGCAGUGGGGAGUACGUCAAAGUGCCGAAGUAUCAAACCAUUUGAUGUCAGUUGAGCGAAUUCUUGAAUAUAGCGAUUUGGAGCCAGAGAAGCAGCCUGAAAUACCGCAAAUUGUAGCGGCCGAUUGGCCAAAGCUGGGAAAAAUCGAAUUUCGAAAAGUAUUUUAUCGAUAUUCGGCUUCUGACGAACCAGUCUUACGUGGCUUAUCAUUUUCACUGAAGCCAAAAGAAAAAGUCAGUGUCGUUGGCAGAACAGGAGCUGGGAAAUCGUCAUUAAUUGGUUCAAUUUUCCGAUUGGCAAUGGUCGAUGGUGAUAUUUUAAUAGACAAUGUUAAUACAUCUUCGCUUGAAUUGAAUGUACUGCGAUCGCGUAUUUCAAUCAUACCCCAAGAACCAACUCUUUUUUCCGGCACUUUGAGAAGAAAUUUGGAUCCGUUUGAAGAAUAUAGUGAUGAAGACAUUUGGAACGGUUUGGAAAUGGUCGGAAUGAAAGAGUUUAUUAGCGAAGGCGGUGGAUUGGAAAUGCCCGUAUUAGCGCACGGGCAGAAUUUCAGUAUCGGACAACGACAAAUUCUAUGUUUAGCUCGUGCAAUUUUACGCAAAAAUCGUAUCAUAAUACUCGAUGAAGCAACGGCUAACGUUGAUCUUCGAACGGAUGAAAUGAUUCAACGGACAAUUAGAGAUAAAUUUAUAGAUUCGACCGUCAUAACUGUGGCCCAUAGACUCAAUACGGUUAUCGAUUCCGAUCGCGUUCUGGUGAUGGAAGGUGGCGUUGCUGUGGAAUUUGAUGAGCCAUACACACUGAUGCAAAACAAAGAAAGUUUAUUUUGUAAAAUGGUGGAGGCAUUAGGAAUGCAAGAGUUUGACCGAUUACUUGCCAUUGCCAAAGAUAAAUAUAAGAAUCUAAGAAACGUAUAGAUUAUGUAAAUUCUUCCCCACUAUAUUAUACACAUUUUAAAGCUAAACGAUUUUUCAUUAAAUUUAUUGCAACAAACGAUUUU